AUCAAGUUCAAGCGUUGGCCGCCUCCUGCAGCAUGACGUCCCGAACCAAGGCAGGCGGGGAGCGGAACGGCGCCAGCAAGGACCACUGCCUGGCCUCCGUCAUCACCAGGGCCGUCACCAGCAACUCACACUGGCCAGACAAGGAUGAGUUUUUGGACGUGAUCUACUGGGGGCGGCAGGUGCUGGGAGUAGCGCUGGGCCUCGUGUGGGGCUUCAUCCCACUCAAGGGCUUCGUCGGCUUAUUCUUAUUUUGUGUGAUUAACGCGGCUCUCGUCUACUUCUACGCUUCAAGUUUUCAGGGGAUCGACGAGGAGGAGUUUGGGGGUAUGUGGGAAUUGACGAAAGAAGGAUUUGUCACCUCGUUCGCUGGCUUUCUGGUCAUGUGGAUCAUCCUAUAUUCAGGUUUACAUUAUGACUGACACUAAGUAUAUACUUUUACACACAACAGUAUUCCUUCUCUAUCCUGUUCCACAUUUCUAUUGUACUUCAUUAAGUGAAUAGAUUAGCUGUCCUUCUCAAGUGAUAUACAUGGUCCAACAAAUCAUAGAAGUAACGAUUGAUUUCAUAAUUGUCCGAAUCUACGUGUACUGUAAAUAAAAUUUUAAAAGAUGUGAAGCGUGACGUUGCGUACUAAAGAAGCUAGGUUGUCUGUUGACCAACAUUUCUACUUUGUGUCAAUCAUUUCAUGUGCCUUUGUUAAGUUCUGCAUCCAUGAAGACUUCCCAGUGAAGGAGAAUAAAGUGUAGACAGCCACUUGA